AGUGGGCAGUGACCCCUAGAGCCCCGCCCUCAUCCCAAAAAUACAGGAAGCUGUAACUCACUUCUGGGGAGCCCCUCCCCCUCCCUCAGAUAAAACUACACCACUCAGCCUUUUAACCCACGCCUAACCUGGUCCGGCACGGUCCAGCACGUUUCAACAGGGUCCUCUCCCGGUCCAGCACAGCCCUAACGCAGUCCAGUUCGGCCCAGCACGGUCCGGCCCAGUCCAGCACAGUCCGGCCCAGUCCAGCUCGGUCCGGCCCAGUCCAGCACAGUCCGGCCCAUUCCAGCACGGUCCUUUCCUCUGGACGCAGAACGUCGCUGCUCUUUGGUUUGGGGAAUAUGACUGCUGAGACCCUUACCUUCGGCCCUGAAUGGCUCCGUGCUCUGUCCGGUGGGGGGAGUGUGACCUCCCCGCCCCCCUCCCCUGCCAUGCCGAAGUACAAGCUGGCCGAGUACCGCUACGGCCGCGAGGAGAUGCUGGCGCUUUACGUCAAAGACAACAAGAUCCCAGAGGAGAUACAGGAGUUCACAGCUGUGAUGCAGGAGGAGCCUCUGCUGCCUCUUGCUCUGAUUCCCCUGACUGAGGAGCAGCAGAGGAACUUCUCCAUGUCUGUGAACAGCGUGGCUGUGCUGAGGCUCAUGGGAAAAGGGGGCGCAGCCCUCUCCACGGGCGUGGCCCGUGGCCGCGGCAGCACGCGAGGAGGCAGAGGACGUGGUCGGGGCGACAACGGGUUUUACCAAAGAAGUGAGGAGGGGGAUGGGGUGUUCAUCCGUAGUCAGAGCUGGGAUGGCAGGGGAGAGAGGCGGUUUGAUAAGCCAGCCCGGCGGGAUGGGGUGCGGGCGGGGCUUGAGGAGGCGGGGCCUGUGGGGAGGAAGGACUACCCACGCUCAGACAGCGAUAACUGGCGCACCCUGAGAGAGGAGCAGGAGGAGGAGGAGGGGGCGGAGCCUGGAGGAGGCUGGAGACUGACUGGCUGCCGACGCGAUGAUGGAGGGCCACGGUCGGCUGGCUGGCGGGAGCAUGGCGGUUUGGGGGACGGGCGGCGCAGGAAGACUGAGUUUGAUUUUCGGGAGCACGGCGAGGGGGGGCGCAGACGGGCGGACUCAGAGGGGCUGGAGGACGAGCGGGACGACCUGCCCGAGUGGUGCACCGACGAGGAGGAUGGAGAGAUGGGCACCUUCGACUCCUCCGGGGCCUUCCUGCCUGUGAGGAAGGAAUCUAAGGAUGCUGUUCUGGAGGACCUGGAGUUUCAGGGGCUGGAGGAGGAGCAGGAGGAGCUGGAGGGAGGAAGGAAGGAGAGAAAUGAGGAGAGAGGUGUGAUGGAGGACUCGGUGGGGUCUGAGGAGGAGCCACAGUCUGUGCCCACCUCCUCCUCUGCAGCUGACUCUCAUCCCCCCCGAAACAAACUGGAGAGGCCCCCAAGCCCCGCCCCACGUCCUGCUAAUGGCAGCCAGCUGCCCAGUGAAGGGAACCUGCUAGCAAGAGCGACUGCCCCCCUGAGCCCAGCCACGCCCACCACCCUGGCCACACCCACCACCCUGCCCUCCCCGCCUCCCUCUUCCUCUGCUGCUACACGAGUCCCUCCACCAGGGGGCGACACCGAGGAUGAGGAGGGAAUGAAACACCUGCAGCAGGAGGCGGAGCGGAUGGUGGCCUCUCUGCAGGACUCCUCUCUGGAGGAGGAGAGCUUCACUCAGGCACUGCAGGAGAGCCUCAGCACCCGGACCCCGUCCCUGACCCAGGCCAGGACCCCGUCCCUGACCCAGACCCUAACCCAGACCAGGACCUCGUCCCUGACCCUGACCCAGACCCAGGCCAGGACCCCAUCUCUGACCCAGACCCAGACCCAGGCCAGGACUCCAACCGCUGCAGCCCUGCCUCUGUCGCAUGAAGCCGCCAUGAAGUGGUUCUACAAGGACCCACAGGGGGAGAUACAGGGGCCCUUCAGCACUCUGGAGAUGGCGGAGUGGUUCCAGGCGGGGUACUUCAGCAUGACCCUGCUGGUGAAGAGGGGGUGCGACGAGGGCUUCCAGCCCCUGGGCGACGUCAUCAAGAUGUGGGGGCGCGUGCCUUUCACCCCGGGACCCUCCCCGCCCCCCCUGCUGCCCCGCAGGCCCUCCCCGCCCCCCCUGCUGCCCCGCGGGCCUACGGGGAACAUGGAGUCUGAUAGGCUGAAGAAGCAGCAGGAGUUGGCGACUCUUUACCAACAGCUCCAGCAAGAGCAGCUGUUUCAGCUCAUCAACAGGUGUGGAGAUCAGGGCGUGAUGGGCUCCAUGAGCAGGUCGAUGUCGGUGCCGGAUACAGGACCCAUGUGGGACAUGCAUACCUCAGCAUCACAGCCAACAGGCGGUGAUGCCAGUUUAUGGGAUUUAAUGAAUUCCACUCAGGGGCCAACUCUGGAACAGCUGCAGAAGCUGCAGGAGAGGCGUGAUGCAGAACUCAGGGCGAAGCGGGAGGAGGAGAAGAGGAGGCAGCAGGAGGAGCAGAAACGACGUGAGGAAGAGGAGCUUUUCCGUCGCAAACAGCAGGAGUUGAUUAUGAAGCUGCUCCAGCAGAAUCAGCAGCAGAUGGCCACGCCCAGUCCAGGGUGGAGCUCUGCCCAGCUGCCCAAAGCCCUCAGCCUGGAGGCUGACAGACACCUGCACCAGCAACACAGAGCCCAGCACAGGGACAGGCAUGGCAGUCAGUCCUGGGGCAGGGAUGAGUGUGCGGGCUGUGGGAGGGGUUAUGGAGGGAAACGGCGGGCUGGAUGGCCUGUGGACGAAGCAGUGAAGAACCAGACCAGCCUUCGAACCCUCGGCCUGAAGACCAGCCGCAGCAGCCCCUCUCUCAGUGAGCAGUACAUGCCGAGUCGGAGGAGGCACACUGAGGAAGAGGAGAAGCUGAUGAAGCUGCUGCAGGGUCUGAAGUCGCAGGAUGGCUUCACCACCUGGUGUGAGCAGAUGCUGCACGCGCUCAACUCCUCCGCCAACAACAACUGCUCUUCCUCCGACGUGUCCUCCAUCGUGGCGUACCUGAAGGAGGUGGAGUCUCCGUACGAGGUGCAUGACUUCAUCCGCUCGUACCUGGGGGACACCGUGGAGGCCAAAGAGUUCGCCAAGCACUUCCUGGAGCGGCGGGCCAAACAACGCUCCAACCAGCAGAGACAGCUGCAGCAGCUCUCAAAGGAAGUAGCUGGCCUGACCGCGUCCUUCCCUCUGCAGGACUCAGUGCGAGGGUCGAGCUCUGGCACUCUGCAGUCUGUCUUCCAGGCAGCCCAUGCAGGGAAGGGCGGGGCAUACGAUCCCCAGGGUGGGAAGAUGAUAAAGAAACAGCCAAUGAUGUUGCACUCUGAUUCCAGCAUCUUAGGAUACUCGUUCCAUGGUGCGGGGGACCGGCUCAGUCUGAGUGAAAUGGAUCCGGUGGAGGAUUACUGAUCCACGGCAAUAGAUACCGAGGCCUUCCAAUGACCACUGUGCACUGCUGGAGGAGGGGCUGGGCCUGGCCCAGGGGAGGGGGCGGGGCCUGAUCCAGGAGGGGGGCGGAGUCUCAUCUUAAAGCUGUGUCUCCCCUGCGGGACAGGCUCCAGUGAGGUAACCCCCUUUUCUCUCCCAGGGUCUGGGGGGCGGGCGGGUGGACGGACUCUGGCACUUAUUACAAAAAGCACCUUAAACUUGAAGCACUUUAUUACUGGAGGAUUCUGUGAUUCUGCACACGUGUGCACGCACACACACUCAUACACACACACACAGACGACACACACACACACUACACUCACACACAACAACAAGAACUGGAAAGUUACUUUGAACUGAUGAGGGGUGGGGAGGUGAAGAUUUUUUUUUUUGUUUUUUGUUUUAGCAAAUCCUUUCUUGAAAAUCAAACACUGUUGUUUAUUUUCUAAACAUUUAUAUAAAAAAGUUAUAAAAAAAAAAAAGAAAUUUAAAAACUUGAAGAUUUGCACUUGUGUUUAAAAAAAAGACUAAAAUUGGGUGUAGAAAUGAAUAUUUUUGUGAAUUGCGUGCAUGAGUGAGUGCGUGCAUACAUGAGUGAGUGUGUAUAUCUGUGUGUUUUGGAAAUAUUAUCCUGCACAAUGUUUUCAUUGCUUACCAACAUGUAUGAAACAAGCUUAUCAUUCAUUGUCAUUUUGUUAUUGGAUGAAACUUGUGUUUUGAGAGGAAUGUGCCUGUGUGCGUGUGCAAGCAGCAGUGCUUGUAUGUUUUCACUGUUUUGCUGUUGAUACAUUUAUAUUUUGUGUAUACAUCACACGAAGUGAAAAGUAUUUUGGACUCGCAUUUUGAGUGUUCUUGAGCUGCUAUUUUUUUGUCUUUUUAUUUGCAUCCUUCAGAAGCGAGUUUUUAUUUUUAUAUUGAAUGUAUUCCAAGAAAAUUGAGGCAAGGCAGAAUUCUUCAGUAGGCAAAACGGCAAAAACCAUUUUUUUAAAAGAAGAAUUUAAAAAGCGCAAAAGGAUACAAAGUAUGCUGGAAGAAGAAACCAAUUUCAGUUUUUUAAAAAAGUAUGAAAAAGCAGAAAAAGGAAACGGACCUACUGCUGUCUCACUGCCUCGUCACUAUUUCCCAGAAUCCCAUGUUUACACUGAGGGGGCAGAGCUGAAUCCAAAAAUAUGAUUGACACUUAUUUUACUUUGAUGCUGUUGAUGGGUGUGGCUAAGGGACCCAUGGGACAGAACUGCUUUUUGUUUUUUUUAAUGUUUGACUGUCCAGUUUGAGGUUUUUUUUUUGUAUCUUUCUGGUUUUUCCUUCGACUCUGAAGGUGACCUCCCUUCACAGGAGCGCAGGACCGGACCUUUGUCUGUGCUUUGGGUACUUCUCCAGCUUGUGGAAGCGAUCUGCGCUUUAAAUGCAGUUUUGUUUUUUUCUUUCCUGGGUUGAAUGAGCCGCAGCGGGACGCUGUAGCCGAGCAGAAAAAGGGCGCGGGGCUUCAUGCUCGUUUUUUAUUUGGCUGUUUGCGAGGGGGGCUUUUAGGAUUACCCUCUCCCAGAAUGCACUUUGGCACCUCUGAAGCGGUAGCCAAGGACGUUCUCUGGUUGAUGUGGGUGGGGGGGUCGGGGGGAGGGGGGGUAGGGUGGGGGGGUCGGGGUCGGGGUUUUUAUUCAGCUGUUGUGAAAACUAAUGGUGCCUGAUGUACAAUUUAGGGAACUUCAUAUUUUAAUGAGUGUUCCUCACAAGUAACUCUUUACUGGAGCAGUUAAAGAAGGAAAAUGCCCCCCACCCCUCCUAAACUUCCUCUGCAAAAAAAAUCGGUGGAUUUAAACUUUUCAGCUGCACUCAGUUGCCUGAUCUGAGGAAAAUAAAUAUUUUUGGGACACUGGACUACAGAGGAGGCUGAACAAUUCCCAGGAACUACCAGAGCCUGGCUCUGACAUCACUUCCUGUGGAGAGGUUGGGGAGGAAUACUGCGGUUGGAGGUUUGGGACCGGGACAGAAAGGGAUCAUGGGCCAGAUCCAGGAGGACCUGCGACAGUGCCAGAGGCAUGCAUUACGAACUAGGAGACGGAUGUGCUGGACGUUAGAUUGACAGGCCUACCAGGGAUGAGGCGGGGCUCUGAACAUGGCCUCCCUGCUGGGGGCGGGGCUCUGAACGUGGCCUCCCUGCUGGGGGCGGGGCUCUGAACGUGGCCUCCCUGCUGGGGGCGGGGCUCUGAACGUGGCCUCCCUGCUGGGGGCGGGGCUCUGAACGUGGCCUCCCUGCUGGGGGCGGGGCUCUGAACGUGGCCUCCCUGCUGGGGGCGGGGCUCUGAACGUGGCCUCCCUGCUGGGGGCGGGGCUCUGAACUUGCCUGAAGGACUGGAGGGCGGGGACUGGAUCGUGGCCCCACCCACAUCAUUCUUCCAGCAGUCCUAUACCUGCCCUGGGACUCUGGGGCUAAUUUCUAUCCUUCAUUUGACCUGCCUUAACUGUACAGAGUAUACGCUACGGAGUAUACGCUACAGAGUAACUUUACAGAGUAUACCCUACAGAGUAACUUUACAGAGUAACUUUACAGAGUAUACCCUACAGAGUAACCAUAGAGAGUAUACGUUAACCGUACAGUGUAUACGCUAAUCAUACAGAGUAUACGCUAACCGUACAGUGUAUACGCUAAUCAUACAAAGCUUACUCUAACCGUACAGAGUACACGCUAACUGUACAGUGUAUUUGCUAACCGUACAAAGCUUACUCUAACCGUACAGAGUAUACGCUAACAGUACAACGUAUGCGCUAACCGUGUACUUUAACCAUACAGAGUAUACGCUAACCGUACAUAUCGCCCAGUGAGGACACAAAACAUAGUACACUUGCAUGCCCACACACACACACUCACUCACACGCACACACUCGUAUGCAAACGCAGGUGUGCACUGUCCUGACUCUGCAGUCCUGUAAAUACCUGUACUGACACAGCUUAUGAUGCUCAAACAGCUUUGCUUUGUGUGCUGUGAUGUUACAGAUUUCCAGAGUCAAAGGCCUAAAAUGUAGCUCCUCUGAGGAAGGGGCACAGGCCUGGGAGGGGUGGGGCACAGGCCUGGGGGCAGGGCUGAGCUGACCGAUAGGGGUGGACAGAGAGAAUUGGCUGAGGGACUCUUGACUAUCCGCAGAGCUGCUGUAAUUUUCAGUGAGAAAUUUUCGGUUAAUUGAAUUUGCACAAUAAUGCAUUUCCUGUAGUACUGAGCUUAUAGUUUUGAACUGAACAACCUGCAUGCUUUUGCCAUCAGACAUGUGCGCACACGCAUGCACAUACACACCCUCACAAACAUGCACACUCCUGCAUGCACGUGCACACCCUCUCAAAUAUGCACACACCUGCAUGCACAUGCACACCCUCUCAAAUAUGCACACACCUGCAUACACGUGCACACCACAAACAUGCACACACCUGCAUGCAUGUCCACACCCUCACAAACAUGCACACACCUGCAUUCACAUGCACACCCUCACAAAUAUGCACACACCUGCAUGCACGUGCACACCCUCACAAACAUGCACACACCUGCAUGCACGUGCACACCCUCACAAACAUGCACACACCUGCAUGCACAUGCACACCCUCACAAACAUGCACACACCUGCAUGCACGUGCACACCCUCACAAACAUGCACACACCUGCAUUCACAUGCACACCCUCACAAAUAUGCACACACCUGCAUGCACGUGCACACCCUCACAAACAUGCACACACCUGCAUGCACGUGCACACCCUCACAAACAUGCACACACCUGCAUGCACAUGCACACCCUCACAAACAUGCACACACCUGCAUGCAUGUACACUUUUAGACUCCUUGAGAAGCAGAUCGGUCGUGCAGUUCUCUUGCAGCCCUGUUUUAUUUGUUAGUUACUUCACAAUGACUGUAGAAUCUGCCUUUUGCAGCUGAAACUGGUCACCCCUACCCCUGGUGUAUUGAAAACAGAACACCUUUCUGAAUGUUUUUGAUACCACAGUAAAAGCAAAUGCAUCCAACAGAAAGGACAACAUAAAUAAAAUGUAAGUAGUCUUUUUUUCUUUUAAGAACAAAAAAAAUGUAAAUAAUAAACCGACUGAAAUAAUGACAGUCUUUAUUCUCUGAUUGAUCUUGACGUCUGGACAAGGGGGGUCUUACCACUUACCAUAGUGCAUGUUUUGGAUAGGUACUCCCCGCGAGAGAACAUCUGUGUCACCAUGGUUACAGUCGUAUCCCGUUUGGUCAGGACGUUCUGUUUUUUGCCUUUUUAAGUAAAAUUGCUUUGCAUUGACACCCGCCUUUGUCAUCGCACAUGCCUAUGUGUAGUUUUCGCGCUCUUAUUGUUUUGUCAGUUUGCCAGUGGAUUAGGGGCUGUGGAAGUAUGUGAUGUUCAUCGUGUAGUCGCGCAAAACAUUUUUCACAAAAUAAAAAUUUUCCCCCUGUGGA